UUAUAGUCAACCAUACAACUGACUCAGAAUCGACUUGGUGGCUGACUUUUUUCCACAAGAAAUUUGGUGUAAAUUUACGAUUGGAAAUCGCCCAAUUCGCUUUGCAAAUAAAACCUCACUGUGCAGUUCAGUGUGCGCGUGUGAAUACAACAUAUUGCAACAACUACUAUUUAUUAAACGGAAAGUGCAACGUGUGCAAUUGGAAGCCGCAAAAACGUAUCACGCCCCAGUCCCGUAGGCACAACAAUAGGUGGAGAGAGUGCGCAAGCGAGAGUGAGCGAGAGAGGAGAGGAGGUCAGCAAACCCGCAAUUAAGAAAAAAAGUCGACACGUAGAGACAACAGUCUAAAGAAACUUAAUAGUAAACAAUCAUGUCAUCCGGCGACUUUGGCAAUCCGCUGCGCAAAUUCAAAUUGGUGUUCCUCGGCGAGCAGAGCGUCGGCAAGACAUCGCUGAUUACACGCUUCAUGUACGACAGCUUCGACAACACCUAUCAGGCGACAAUUGGUAUUGAUUUUCUAUCCAAAACCAUGUACCUCGAGGAUCGCACAGUGCGUCUUCAACUCUGGGAUACGGCGGGUCAAGAACGCUUCCGUUCACUGAUACCAUCGUACAUUCGCGACUCCACUGUGGCUGUGGUUGUGUACGAUAUAACGAACACAAACUCAUUCCAUCAGACAUCCAAGUGGAUCGAUGAUGUGCGCACCGAGCGUGGCAGUGAUGUCAUCAUCAUGCUGGUGGGCAAUAAGACGGAUCUCUCGGAUAAGAGACAAGUGUCCACCGAAGAGGGCGAACGCAAGGCGAAAGAGCUAAAUGUGAUGUUUAUCGAGACGAGCGCCAAGGCCGGCUACAAUGUGAAGCAGCUGUUCAGACGGGUCGCCGCGGCGUUGCCAGGCAUGGAUUCCACGGAGAAUAAACCUUCGGAGGAUAUGCAAGAGGUUGUGCUUAAGGAUUCGCCCAAUGAGACGAAGGAUCCCGAAGGAGGCUGCGCUUGCUAGAAUUGGGCAAACGACACCCUUUCCUCGCCUCCCCACAUCCUUCAACACAACCUCCGCUGCAACCUCGACGACGACUUCAACAACAACCUUCAGACAUUGACACGCGCUGGCGACGAGUGUAAACCAGGUGUAUGUGGAACUUGCAAGCUAAAUACGAAAUAAAUACAAGACACAGGCACACACACAUACACACAACAAUUUUAUGUUUAAGUUUAUUUAUAUAUAUAAAAACAAAAACAAAAAAGUAUAAAACGAAAUGAUAGCAAAACAUAAAUAGACUAAACAACUAAUUUAACGCAAUCGGCUAAAAAUAUGUACGUUAAAUCAAGUAUGCGCCUAAUCCUAGAUCCUAAUCCUAAAUCCCAAGCUAAGUUUAGUUCACAUAGUUCUUGAAACUGGCAGCUUAACGUUUCGAUUAUUGUUCUCUUGAUGUAUGUCAAAUUUAAGAAAGUUAUGACUAAACAAGAAAUAAGAUAUCAUGGCACCCAAAUCUGGAGCGUGUGAGCUAAGCUUAAAACUUGAACUCUCUUACAAUUUGUACUUACCACAAAGCAACAAAAA